AUGGACAGGCCGCCCGCCCCCGCCUCCCGCGUCCAGAUGCUGAACUCAGCUGGAGGACGAAGGCCCCGGGCCGCCGGCCCUCACUUUGGCGGCGCCGCCCUCCCCCAGGGGCCCCACGGUGAACUGGAAGGGGCUGCCCGGCACGUGCACGCCCCUGUAGCGCACGCUGACGCUGUGCGUGCCCGUCUCCGUGGGAACGAACCGCACGCAGUAGGCGUCGUUGCCGGCGGCGACCAGCUCGGCGGGCCGAACGGCGCCGGAGGGCGAGGACACCUCCGCCCUGAGUUCAGCAUCUGGACGCGGGAGGCGGGCGCGGGCGGCCUGUCCAUCGCGGUGGAGGGACCGAGCCGCGCAGAGAUCGCCUUCGACGACCGCAAGGACGGCUCCUGCGGAUUCAACGAGCAGCACAUCCCCGACAGCCCCUACCUGGUGCCCGUGGUUGCCCCCGCCGACGACGCCCGCCGCCUCACUGUUGCCGGCCUUCAGGAGUCCGGCCUUAAGGCGAACCACCCGGCGUCCUUUGCGGUGCGUCUGAACGGAGCUCAGGGCAAGAUGGAGGCCCAGGUGCGCAGCCCUUCUGGAGCUCUGGAGAAGUGCGUCGUCUCGGAGAUUGAAAGAGACAAGUACGCCAUCCGCUUCAUCCCCCGGGAGAACGGCGUCCACACCAUCGACGUGAAAUUCAACGGCGCCCACAUCCCCGGAAGUCCUUUCCAGGUCCGCGUGGGAGAGGCGGGGCAGAGCGGGGAGCCGUCUCUGGUUUCAGCCUACGGAGCCGGACUGGAGAGGGGCUCCACCGGCGCCCAGUCGGAGUUCGUCAUAAACAACACCAAGGCGGGCCCUGGGGCUCUGGCCGUGACCAUCGAGGGCCCGUCGAAGGUGAAGAUGGACUGCCAGGAGGUCCCCGAGGGCUACAGGACGUCCACCCUGACGCUGGACCCGGCGGUUAAGGCCUCGGGCGGCGCCCCCCCGCCCAGAGCCGACUCCUCAGACGCCAGCAUGGUGACCUGCCGCGGGCCGGGCCUCAGCAGGGCCUACGUGGGACAGAGGGGCAGCUUCUCAGUGGACUGCAGCAAAGCGGGAGCAUGA